AAUAAUAUUGGUAGCUGAUGACGAAACAAGGCAGCAAUGAAGCAGGUCCAGUGGUAAAGUUAGAAGCAACCAGUCCAGUACACUGCCCCCAACCCGCCAGCAGCAAUGUUUUUACCAACUUUAUAAAGAAAGUACCCUACAGUCAGAUCUCGCCAGCUCUAAAGAGAAGAGCAGCAGCUUCCAAAUCAGUUCCAGCUGAUUCACAUGCUUCAUCACACGACCAGUCAAAACGCUCCACUGUCAGUCAGAUAUUUCACUCAGUUCCCGACGCAGUAAAGAAGAAGUUCUCACGAUCUGGAGCCCCUAGUCCGGACCUAUCCAGUAUCAACAGUUGGGGUAGUGAGGAUACUUUAGAGUACGAUAAUAGUGAGGUGAGUAUCAACAGUUGGGGUAGUGAGGAUACUUUAGAGUACGAUAAUAGUGAGGUGAGUAUCAACAGUUGGGGUAGUGAGGAUACUUUAGAGUACGAUAAUAGUGAGGUGAGUAUCAACAGUUGGGGUAGUGAGGAUACUUUAGAGUACGAUUAUAGUGAGGUGAGUAUCAACAGUUGGGGUAGUGAGGAUACUUUAGAGUACGAUAAUAGUGAGGUGAGUAUCAACAGUUGGGGUAGUGAGGAUACUUUAGAGUACGAUAAUAGUGAGAGACGUGCAAGUCACUUCAGCAUCGUUCUGGACCAGAUCAAAGCGUCUGACACACCAUUGCUAAGAAACACGAGGUUGGAACCUGUGGAAGCUUCUCAAAUAACCAUGGCAGCACCAGUAAAUGACCCGGACAACUACACUGUUGACUCAGAUGAUGAGAAUGUGGAUGUUGAUGGACUAUUCUCCAGCAUAUUCAGAGAGUUAACCUCUGUGGUUGAUGUGGAAAGAGAGUUAAUCAAAGUUAAGUCGGAGAUUGAAGUGACACAGCGCAACAACACAGAGUUGACGAAGAAGUAUCUGGAAGUUAGCAAGACAGUUUCUGACUCACAAAUACCAGACCUCGCUACCAGAGAACAGUACAACCAGAAGAACCUAAAGUCUCAGAAGCACGUUAGAGAACUGCAGAAUAAACUGAAGAAGUUGGAGGAGAGGAAGAAGAAGAUCCGAGAACAGGAACUGAUGAACAAUGGUUACGUACAAGUGGACCCACAAGACACUACCCACAGUACUAUGGGACAUGAGACUCUGGACGGGAAACGUACUCCUGACCAGACCAAGAAAUCAGGAGUUAUUCACCGGGCUUAUGAGAAGGCGGUUGCUAAGAGACGGAAAACCCGUACACAAGAUGACAAGAGUUGGGGGAGUGAUGGAGCUAUCGAUCAAAGUUCUGGUGUGAUAGAGCUUGCAGAAGCUAUAGGAGAGUCCAUAUCCAGCUCCAGCAGAGAACCAAUACUAACUGAACACGUGUCAGAACCCUCAGUACCAGUUGAAGAGCUCUCUAACCUUGCCAGUGACGACGAAGACCAGUCCCCUGUGAACAAUGACGAAUUUGAGAAUGUUUCCGACAAGACGGACAUCACUUCUUUUGGUAGGAGCAAAUCAGAAACGUCGUGUUACCAACGUACCCAUGGUAACCAUAGGAACCCGGCUGACAGUGUAUCCAACUUAAGUGAGGGAGUCAACGAUGGUUUGAAUAAACUUAGAGAAGAUUACUUAGCUCUUCUUAGUGAAGUUAAGGAGUUGAGGGACACGUAUAAGGAUGGAAUAAUGCUAGUUAACGCUAACCUGGCAAAGCAACAUGAUUACUUUGUGGAAGCAAUCCAGGAAGGUAACAUGCGGAUACGACAAAUUGACGAUAGAGUUGAUGACAAGCUCGAUAAAUUUCAUUACUCGUCGGAUGAACGUAUAAAAGAGAUAGAAGAGCGACUGGAUGACUACAAGUACAAGAUGACCAAAUUCGAAGAAUUACAAGAACAGAAGCGGAUGGAACACCCGUUAACGGGUAACGAUAUCGCCACCCGAGGUCGUGACGUCAUGUCUUCUGUAAUCUCAUUGGGUCUCGCCUCCGUCUCGUUACUUCUCUUCUUGUUCACUACUGCUGUCGAUUGUCUGAAAGUUUUCAGUGAAAACAACGCACUAUCGACAGGAUUAUCAUUAGGACUGUUCGGGGUUAUCAUAGCAACUUACUAUUACUUUGAUACUGAGAGGACUUCAUUAUAGCACACUAGGUUUCUUUAAAGAUUUUUCUUAUUGUCCAGUUGCCAAUUUCUUGGUCAUCAACGUUGGUAAUCCUGGUUCAUUGUUUGUUUAUGCCGUGAGAUUGCAGCUCAGAUUGUUAGUAUGUAUAAAUUUGUAUUUAUUAAGACAGGGCCAAAAAAUUCACUUUCUAAUUUUCAAAAACGUGAGUGAAAUCUAGUUGGAGUGUGGGGGAAAUUGCUUUGCCGCCGUUAAUUAUAGUAAAAUUUUUAGAAAUUAUAUUAUGAAUAUGAAGUUUUGA